AUGUAUGUGAGUGAUCUGCAGGGUUUGUACCAAUGUAUUGCGAGCAACGAUGUUGGUGAACGGAGCAUUUUCAUUGGUUUAAUUGUUGAAGCUGAAAUUGAUGCAGCAAUAACGGACCUAAAAGUGAGCGCCGACCACGAGAAGUACGUUUUGAAUGAAUCAGUAUGUGUUAGUGGUGGCGAAUUCUGCGCCACGUGCCGCAUACUGCAUCAUUGGCAUGUGGCAGCCGCUGCGGAUUUUUCGGAUUUGAUCCAUUCCGUGUUGCACCACCUUUUCGCUUAG